AUGGUUGGAAAGAGAUCAUUGACAAAUAUGGAAGCCAGAUUACUCUCAUUUAUUUGGCAUUUUGUUUACAGACUCUACACUGGCAGAGUACCUUGUAUUAUCGUCACAAAUCCAGAGGUCAUAAAAUAUGUCGGAAUCCGUGCCUUUGAGAAAUUCAGAAACAGGUCGUUCAGGUUAAUACUCAAUAAGGAUUUGCUCUCCCUUCGAGACGACCAUUGGCGAUCUGUGAGAUCCACACUCAGCCCAAGCUUCUCCCAGGCCAAGAUGAAGCUUAUGUUGCAGACCAUCAAUGAUGCUGUGUUUGUAACUCUGGAGAUUAUAGAAGAUCACGUUAAGCAGAAUAAACCCAUUGAUGUUUACGGACUUAAUCGUGGUCUUACCUUAGAAGUGAUUGGUAAAUGUGCCUUAGCGAUUGACGUCGAAUCUCAGAGGAACCCGGAUCAUCCGCUUCUUCAAAACUGCAAAACAAAUUAGCAAGACUUUUAAGGUCAACAGCUUCAGCAGGGUAUUACGAGCUUUAUUUCCAUUUUCAGAAAUUUUCUUACGAAAAUAUCUGGGAGGAUUUUUCGAAGAUCGAUCUGUCAAGAAGCUGAAAUCGGACAUCCUGGAGGUCAUUGAGAACAGGAAGAAUAUGCGGGUU